UCAUCUCCUCCUUUCUUUCUUUUAAAACCCAGAAGCUUCUUCUUUUCCACCACAGAACCGCGAAACCCUAGUCUCCACCACCAACGUCGUGCCACUCCAGCCACCGCGAGCCUUACCAUUGCCGGUGAGCACUGCCUGCGUCACAUCACAUUGUCGCCGGUAGCCAAAGCGUCGCCCACCAUGACCUCUUGCAUCGCGCCACUCCAGUCGUCCCUUCGCCGGCGAUUGCAGUGUCCAACCGAAUGCACCACUUCACGCCAUCUUCAUAACCUUGCCUGAAACCUACGAUCGCAUUUCAGUCACGGCUGUCCAAUCUCCCAUCGCUGAAGUCCCUCGUUUUUUUUUGUGUUGAAGGGUGACCACAGUUUGCUUAAGGAAUGAUGAAAAAUAUCUCUGCAUCACAUUCCUUCGGGCUUUUCGUCACCUCACCCAUCUUUUGUCCCAAUAAUCUUCCUGUUAUCACUCUCUCCUCACGUUCCAGCAGAAGAUCUCCUCUUUCCAUUCAAAGCGCGGUUCAAUUCCGUCCCUGCAUCGAUAUCCACAAGGGGAAAGUGAAACAAAUUGUGGGGUCAACCUUGAAAGACUUGAAAGGGGGUGAUGGGUUGGAUCCUGUGACCAAUUUUGAGUCUGAUAAGUCAGCUGCCGAGUAUGCUACUCUUUACAGACGAGAUGGACUCACGGGUGGCCACGUCAUCAUGCUUGGUGCAGACCCUUUGAGCAAAGUUUCUGCCUUUGAAGCAUUGUAUGCUUAUCCUGGCGGUCUACAAGUUGGAGGGGGGAUAAAUGCUGACAAUUGUUUGAGUUUCAUAGAAGAGGGAGCGAGCCAUGUCAUUGUGACAUCUUAUGUAUUCAAUGAUGGACAAAUGGAUAUUGGAAGGCUGAAAGAUCUUGUUCAAAUUGUUGGCAAAGAGAGGCUUGUGUUGGAUCUCAGUUGUAGAAAAAAGGAUGGUAAAUAUGCAAUUGUCACUGAUAGAUGGCAGAAGUUCAGUAAUGUUUUUGUUGAUCCUGGUGUAAUGGAAUUUCUGGCUAGUUUUGCGGAUGAGUUUCUGGUCCAUGGUGUAGAUGUUGAAGGGAAGAGGUUGGGAAUUGACGAAGAGCUUGUUGCCUUGCUUGGCAAACAUUCACCAAUUCCUGUUACCUAUGCUGGUGGUGUGACUGGAAUGGCUGAUCUAGAGAGGAUAAAAAGUGCCGGAAUGGAGCGUGUGGAUGUAACUGUGGGUAGUGCCUUGGAUAUUUUUGGAGGAAACUUGACUUAUGAAGAGGUUUUAGCUUGGCAUGUACGGCAAAAGGCCUAUGUAGUUUGACUAAUGUGUUUCUUCUAAUUGGAGAUAGGGACUGGUGUGCAAGGAUCUGUUUGUGGUUUUUCUAUAGAUGUGUAACCAUUUAUCAGCUUAUUUUUUAAUGUCUGAAGGCAAAUUGAACAAUUGAUAACAGACUAUCUAGUAUGAACUGUCUACAACAAUCACCAGCCAACUGUUGCCUCUAUUUCUAGCAGAUGAUUGGGAAUUGAAGGUUCAACCAGCAGAAGAGCUUGCUGUUAGAAGGAACCAAAAGGGCAUCUCGAAGUUCUUAUUUGGUAGAAGGAAUUGCCAGAUUUUGAAAAUUCGUGGGAAGUUCUAUCUACGUUCAAGGAGAAUUUUCCUGACUUUCACCUUGAGGGCAAGGUGCAUCUUGAGGAGGGGAUUGUUGAUAGGAAUCCGGAAAUAAUUAGGUCCAAACUCAAAAUAUUUAAGGUGUAUGUUAGAAAGAGAAGGAAUGGCAAAGUGGGGAAUCAAAAUGGCAGGAGAGAGAAUGAGAAGAGUCCUUCCAUGUAACAAACUGCCGAACUGGCAUGGUAGUUAAGAAGUGAUUCUGCUGUAUGGGUAUAAGAUGUGAGAAGACAGUAGGGGGAGGGCGGUGCUGGUUUUGGGCUGGGAUUUGGGGGAGACUAGACACUCUCUAACUGUCUAGAGAUACUUUCCAUUUGUCUUACUGCUCUGUACUUUCUUUCCUGAUGCAGGCACUGAUAUCAUUAUGAUAUUGUCCUGUUUUCUUUACUAAUAAAGUGAUUAUUCAGCUA